GGGUCUGGGACGAGAAGGAAGAGAGGACGCCAUAUUGAUAAAACUAGUGUAAACAGUGAAACGAGAUUGUUUCAAAGCGAUCUUUUUCUUGCCUUCCACGGUUUGGGUGUUUCAAGACAACAAUUUGAUAUGGGAGAAGUGUAUGCACCUACGGUAAGUGUUUUCAAGCAGUAAAUUAAGAGCAGUAAGCCCUAUUUAUCAGCCACAUGCUUUCCAGUUUCUCUUUGUUUUGUGUUUGCUACCGGCUUUAUGUCAUCAGCUGUUUGCUAGAUCUUUCUUAUCAACACGCGCUGCACUCAUUGUUCUACAUUGUUUAUUUGAAUUAUUUUGCAUAGUUUGUUCUUCGCUCCACGAAAUAAGCGUACUUGGACAUGACUGUCAUUAUUCAGAACUAAAUAUUUACAUGAUCUGUGAUAUUCAGACAGGUGUUGAAUUAAUAUAUGAAUUGAAUUUCGACUCUAUUGCUUUACGAUAUGUGCGAUCUGUGAAACGAGGAUUGAUGCGAGUGCUCUUAAGGAAACAAAUUGGGUUUAAGUGGGCACGAACUGGAGAAAAUGUUACAAGUAUUUCACAGGUGUGCAGUUGAUUCUGCUCGAAAGUGCUCUUAGCUUGUGAAGCUAUCAUUUAGUCACUGCUUUCCGUCAGUGUGGAUUAAUACUGUAUCACCAACAGUACAUGUAUAUUAAAUAAUUUUUCAUAACAAUACAGAUCACAAUAAAAACAAUGAACAUUUUAAGUACAUGUUUUUGGCCAGUACAGAGAAUCAAGCUGUUGAUAGGAGUCAGAUGCUGAAAAAACAAACAGAGAAAGUUGACACAAAUGUGUUUUUCAAAGAUCACAAAUUUGAAAAUGUUGGCACACAGAAAAACCAAGAUUUAUCUUUACAACCACUCACAAUAACUUUUGUUCUAUGUUCCCAUUUAUUAUAAUAUAUAUUAGAAAUGUAACAUGUACUAUCUUAAAGUUUUUUUAAAUAUCACAGAGCUUUAUGUAUAAUAUUUUCCCAGCAAAUAAUGUUGGAGACCAAUUUGUAGAAAACUAAUUUUGUCCUUAGAAAAUAAAUUAGUUUUCCAAAGAAAAUCCUUCAUUCUGAUUGGUGUAUGUAUUUGUUUCACAUUAGCCAUUAGAGAGCUGGGAGGAAAAAGUCUCCAAAGUUGAUACAAAAAAAAUGUAUUGUGAGAACAUCCUAUGCUAAUUAUUGUACUAAAAUACUACCUUCAAUGAGACUGGUACAAUCAUCAACAGAAUGAUUGAUCCCUUCUGAAAUUCUGUUGUGCCUGAAAGGCAAUGCUUUUUAUCAACUUUGUAAAAUUUGGUGCUUGUUUUUGAAUAGAUGAUAAGGUGGUUUCUUUUUGUUUAAAACAUCUCUUGACUCUCAGUUUUGUGGUAAAAAGCUGCAACUUUGACUGAGUAUAAAACUGGAUUUUUCUUUUAAAGCAGAUCAAAAUGUUAGUUUUAGAACUUGAAAAUAUUCCUCUUCUGUGUCCUGUUGGUUGAGUCCAUUGUGAUAACAUUAUUGUGGUUCAUGUCCUACUCAGGGUCAGUCUGAAGCAGCACAACUUCUAGCCACUUUCUGGCCAAGGCAAAUGCAAGAAAUCAGAAAUAUGAAUACAGUAAGUACUCUGAAUGAUGGAGUGUAUAAAGACAGGGACUUUUAGCCCAUUAGACAACAUUAUCACUGUAUGAACAAGUUUUAGAGUAGUACAUGUGAAGUAAUGCUCAAAUGUAGACAUUCUAGAUUCAAAACUCAAUCCUCAUUGCUUGUAAGUUUGAAAUUUGAGUUUUGAUUUUCAAGAAUCAAGAAUUGAGUUCUGAAAUACUUGAAGACUUUUUCAAGGAAGUGAGCUUAUUUAAUCCAGCAUGGAGCAAUUAUGGUACAUGUAGAUAAAGCACUUGACAUGCAGCUUUCUUAGUGGUGAUAGUUUCAGUGGAUUCCAUUUUCCACAAGACCUAAGUUCUCCUUUUUUUAUCAUUGCCAAUAACAGACAAAAUAUUCCGUCACAUCUAUAAUACAUGUUACACACAGUGAUAGUGAUGAAGCCAGCUUUCUUCUUCCCUUAGCACUUCAUUUGUUAUAGUCCAAUAUACUCUGUCUUUGCUAACUACAGCUGAAGUUAGUCAGUUUUUAGUCACUUUUUCAUCUGUUAUUUCUCAGAAUGAUUUCAAAGUUCAAGAGUUACCAUUAGCAAGAAUCAAGAAGAUAAUGAAGCAAGAUGAGGAAGUCAAAGUAAAUGUAUUUGCUUCUACUUUAGGUUCUUUUGCAGCACAUUUUCAUGUGGACGUAGGCUUAGUUAUCAUACAUAGAGGAUAUUACAUAGUAGAACAUGUAUUCAGAUGUCAUCCUCAAGCAGAAAUACCACUUGUACACAUUUGUUACAAACAAGUGCUGUAAAACACUUGUCCGUAUGCUCAAUUUAUUUAAUGAAGUAUGACUCUAAACAUAUUUUUUAUACAUUGUUCUCCUUUGAUUUGUGUUCAGACAAAUUAUUGUAUUAAAGCAAAAUUGUGUCUUUAUGUACUAACAAGCUCCUGACUUUUCACAUUUUGGUGCAAAGAACAGUCACUAUAGAUAAGUAGAAUUUACAUCAAUGCAAAUAUUUAUAUAUAUAUAUACAUGUUUUAGUGCUAUUUGAUUGCAUAGUUAAAAAAUGAAAGGUGUUAACUCCUACUUACCAAUAUUUGUUCUGUGUUUCUUUUAUAGAUGAUCAGUGCAGAGGUAAAGGAUUAGUCUUGUUCAUUAGUGUGGAAUACACAGAUAAUGUAUAUCAGUGCAGUUUGCUCAAAAGAUGAUGCAAACAUUGAAAAAUUUUCAUCAUUAUCAUGGUAUCAUUCCUAUGGGUCAUUCUGGGUUUCUUGUUAUUUUCUCCAAUGCAAAGCUUAGGAGAGAUUGUAUAUCCUUUGCUUUUCCCAGUUAACUCAUUCUGCAUUCUUUUCAUUUUUCUAACAUGUGGUUGCAUUGGUUAAACAAACAAGGCGUCAAACAUACUGUGAUACAUUUUUGGGGUGUGGCCUGUUCUCUGAUCAAUCAAUUGGCAAUUUUAGUUUGACUAUCAAUAACAUUUUAACAAUGAGUUGAUUUCAUGGGUUUUUAUACAUUUUCUUUUUCACUCAUCUUUUUCAAUCUUCUCCCACUACUUUAGGAUGUGCAUCUACAUUGUACAUAGCACAAAGGACAUUUCUCUGAUGUACACACAUGUAGAGUGUACUAUUACUUUAACUUCCCUUUGCUGUCAUCUUUAGAACUGGUUCUUUGUAUUUUGAAGAUUGAAAUUUUUCUUUAUUAUUUUAGGCUCCUGUUCUAUUUGCAAAAGCAGCUCAAAUUUUUAUUAAUGAGUUGUCACUCAGAGCUUGGAUUCACACAGAAGACAACAAGAGAAGAACCCUCCAGGUACAGUGAACAUUUCCCUUUGGAUCUUAACCCUUUACACUCUAACAUCAGUAUGGAUACUCUCCAUACUGUUUUCUGUACAUUUCCUGUGGUGCUGACAAGGAGAAUAUGUUUAACAUUCUGGAGCUUUUUAAAUUGGUGAUCAUUUCUUGUAUUCUCAUGACCUUUACAUUUGAUUCAAGGGUGAUACUGUGAGGAGAAAUUAGAUGCCAGUCACUCAUAGGGGUUAAAGGAUUAUGUGGUCAUGUCAACAGUUCAGCUUUUGUGACUGGAAGUGGUAAUUGCAGGGUAGUGAUUUGUGGGGGUGUGUGUAUAAUUAAUUGACCACUCCCCUUAGGAGGCUUUCAGGGCAAAUACAGACAAAUUGAAAAAUUGUGAGUAAAUGGACUGUUGAAAAGCCCCAAAAGGCAGAAGGUAGACCAGUUGGCUAUAUACAAAGUGCAGCCAAGGAGUUCAACUCAGAAGAACCGUAACAAAUCCAGAGAGUGGGAGGGUGGAGGGCUUGAACUGGGACCAUCAGAUUACAAGACUAGGGCCCUUAACCACUUGGCCACACUGCCUCCAUAACCAGAUGUGACAAUGUUAGAAAUCAUUAAAAAAAAGUGAAUGUAAACAAGGAAUUAAAAUGUUAACAUACUGAAAGUACUGAAAUUUGUUUUACUUUGACUAACACACUAUAAUUACUUUUAUUUUUUGCAGAGAAAUGACAUUGCUAUGGCAAUUACCAAGUUUGAUCAGUUUGAUUUUCUCAUUGAUAUUGUGCCAAGAGAUGAACUCAAACCUCCUAAGCGACAGGUAGUGAUUAGUGACUGUCAUAAAUUCGUUUUAUUAAUAUACUCUUUCAAAGGACGUCUUGACAAACUUAAAUUGACAUAAUUAUACCAUGGCAUAUAUGAAGUACUCACAUGUAUGCAUGAGUAGAAUUAUUACAAAAGAAUAUGAAUAAACAAGUAGAGUGUAUGUUUGUGGGCAUAAAUAUGCUCUGGACCCUUCUUAGAGUCAUUUUAACCUUGCCUAACCGCUCAGGUUGAAAUGACUAAGAAAGGUCCAGAACUUAAUCAUGCUUAGCAAAAUUAACUGUUUAACUACUACAAUAACCUUGGAAGGCAUUGAGAGAAUAAAAAACUGAAAAAGAUUUUAAAAAAACAGCCUGAACAAUUACACAAGUGUGGGAGUGGGCUAAAAUAUAUUUAGCUUGAAAAAUAUGCCAUAAUGCCCAAUAAAUUUGUAAUAAUAACUUUAACUGAUUUGUGCAUUGUAAUAUUGUCAUCUUCAUAUCAGGAUCCAAUUCGUCAGACAGUGGUUGCUCCUGAUCAAGUUCAGUACUACUUCCACCUUGCCCAACAUCAUGCAGUUUCAAUGCAACAGCAGCAACAACAGCCUCAGCAAGGACAGCAGGCGCCACAAGCACAACAGGCGCAACAACAGAUAGCAACACAAGUGCAACAACAGCAAGUGGCAGCCAGCACCCAGCCUCAGACUAUUAUAACUGGUGUGCCAACACAGCAAAUUGUCACCAUGGCAGUAAGUUACAUUUAUCCCCAGGAGUAGCAAAAGUUUCACAACAUUUUGAUAAAAUUUAAUGGUUCUGAUUAAAUCAUGGAUGUAAGAACAACUUUACAGUGUAUGUGGAAAUGUUAAUUCCUGCCAAAAAGUAAAGAUGGCAAGGAAGCCCUUCUUAGCAAUGUGCAUUCAUUCAUGCAUCUUUUGUUUCAGCCUGGACAGGCUCAGAUGCUACAGAACCAACCACAGGAACAAAGUGAUGUUCAGUAUCCGGUUAGUUAAAAGCCUACUACUUUACAUGAAUUACAGUCAACUCGCCGACGGUCCAACUUGCUGACGCCAACUCACCGACGUAUAAAAUCGAGUAGAGAUGUCAGCGAGUUGGUCCUCAAUCCAAUACAACUUAGUUGACUGGAUACCCUUUACAUGAUAUUUGAGAUCUAUUUAUUUUUUCCUCCAAAUGAGUAUUUUCAGGCUUUUCUUAUGAUUGUAGGGAUACAGCCCUAACCCUCCUGAACACAAACCUAAGAGAAGAAUUGCAAAUUGGAUACCUCACAAUCAGCAAGAAUAAGGUUUAUAAGCUGGGCUUUGGCAUUCCAAAUUGUCUGAGAGGGUUUUGGUUAUCCUUGGGGUUAUUGAUGUCAAUACACUCAGUGAAGUCCACAAACAGGGACAGGGGGGGAAGUUUUUUUAUAUCUUUUUUGUAAUGUAAUUGGACUACAUUAUCUUUUAACAAUCACUGGGUUCUCUGUCAGUUUUUGUAAGCUUGCACAUGGCUUUGCCUAAAUUUCUUACGAGAGAGAAGAUCACCACGGAAUUAAGAACAUGGCAAGGCAAAUCCUGCCAUUGUUGUUGACAUCACUGUUACAACUGUACAUUGUCAAUGUUCAAAGUACAAAUUUAUAAGAUGGUUAAGAAAAUCAUAGAUAGUUUAAUCAAACAAAGUUAUGUUCCUCUGAUGAACAAUUAUCACUCUUAAUUGUUUUACCUCUGUUAUCAACAGGUCCAUUUUAACUCUCCACAAUUGCAGUACCUCCGUAUGCAGCAGAUUCAGCAACUUCAACAACAGCAACAACAACAGCAGCAGGCACAAGGCCAACAACAAGCGCAACAAACAACCCAACAACAACAGGCUGCACAACAGCCUGCACAAACAACUGCUGAACAGGCACAACAGCAGGCUCAGCAGCAAGCGCAGCAGGCCACUGCUCAACCAACGGAGUUUACAUUCACUGCCGGAGGACAGGUAAAAAAUGACGCAGGUCAGAGGUAUUAUUUUAAAGGGGGUACGUUUCUAAAGAAACUGUGGCGCUGCGUCGGUGGAAUAGUAAAACAGGGUAAUUUAUUAUUAUCAAUUGAGUUGAUAACGUAGAUUGACCACAGUAAAGAGUUUCAAAGCUGACUUUACGAUCGUUAGCCCUUCGUUAGAGCUUAGAAGAGCUUUAAACAAUUUGUUAUAUAUUUUCAUCAUAAAAAAUACUUGAAUAGUAUAUUUGGAUGUCACAAACGUAAUUUGUCGAGGCAAAAAAGGCAACAAUGUUUGGUAAAGAAACAAAGAUGGUAGAAGGCGUAGAGUAUUUCAUAUUUAUCACGACUGAACAUCGAUAAAUUCAGGGUAAACUUAACCAGGUGAACAAACCAGGGAGGUUUCACAACUGUAGCUUGUCAGAAAUAUGGUUAGUCAGAAGUUUGUUGAGCAAUUCUCUAUGCAGUAUCAAAUUCAGGAAAGGUGCUGCUUUCAUUUGUGAAAGGACUUUCAACAACAUUCCAAUGUUGCCUUAUUUGAAAUAAGUUUCGUGUAAGUAAAUCACCAACCGGAAGACGGAUACGAGGUAAAAGACUUACAUCCAUCGUGAGACAAAUGAGUACAUUUCUCUUUUGAAAUAUCAUUCAGUGUGUGUACCCUCUUGUUUUUUUUCACUACUAACAGAUUUACCAGCUUCAGCAACAUCCACACACUGGCGUUACUGCCGUGGCUGUAGCCGCACCACAGGGAACUUAUAUUCAGCAGCAAGGCGCCACAGCAGAACAAGCCUCACUCACAGCUACUGAAGCACAGCAACAGCAAUAGGAAGGUAACUAAACUUAACCUUUUAUAAUAUAACACAUUAAAUGUUUAUAGAAUUUCAGUCAACAGAUUGUACCUCAAUAUGCGACAUGUAAAAAGUCGUGUCAGAGUUUCCUGAGUUUAAACUUACUUUUUAAUUUGAGAUAGAGCAUUUACAUUCGAAAGACUUGCUUCAAAGCUCUCAAGUUAAAAAAUUAUUUAAAAAAAAAAAAACGAAAACGUGAAAGUACAAAUUAAGACACAAAUUUUUGGUUUAUUAUGUAAAGAUCACGUUCCGAUGAAAAAACAAAAGGUGUUGAUCAUUAGCGUCGUAAGAUGAACUUAUCUUGUAAAACGUUACGGCGUGGCAUCUCAAAAAGGUUCUGCAAAGUAGACUAAAGGGAGGAGACUAGAGUGCUUUUUGAAUGAGUGUCACAAAGCCAAAUCCAAAGCAAUCCCAAAAGCCAAUCAUUGCAAGGAGAAUAUCAUUAUGAGCCAAAGGGAGAUCGAAGUAAAAACAAACAAACUACUUGAGGCGCGGGAAAACGCGGGUGACCAAGUCGUGAUUGGCUGUAGAUUUUAAUUUGAUUGUUUUAGAACAACUGAAGUACCGUGAGUUUUCUGGGCCAAUCACGUAAGGAAGUAAAGGAAAACCAAAGCAAUGAAUUGACACUCAAUUGGAAGUUCCUUUAAUGUCCACUAUUUGAUUUAAUUUUCGCUGUUUGAUUUUUCUUUUCCAGGUUGUUUACAUUUUGAGGAAUCCACUCUAAAUUUAUUAGAAAUGGAACAAUGGAAUACACUCUGCUCAUGUAUAUAACGGCGCUGUUAAACAUUGGCGUGACGAUGUGCUACUGCAGAUACAUCAAAGUGAACUAAUUUAUUUUUGCUGCGAUUACUGCCGCUGGCUACAAUAAUAUUUUAUAAAUAUUUUACACAUGUUGUCACGCAAUCGGAUAGAAUAUAUAACGAGAAAAAGCCAAAAGUCUGGAUAGGGUUUUCUUUUCCCUCAGAGUUCAGUGAGAGAAAAGAAAUCCAAAGAGUUAAACUUUUUAGGAUUAAUGUCAGUAUCUGGGGAACUGUGCACCAACCCCUCCCCCCCUAAUCGAAAAGUCACUCUUGUUAUCAGUUGACUGUUGUUGGGUUAGGGGUGGGGUAGGUGUGCAGAUGCUUAGAUACUGACAGGGAUCCACAGUUUGCAAGAGAGUAGGAAUAUUGAGUAAAAAUAUUUACGUGGAAGUACGGUAUACAGUCUGUAAAGAUUGGUUUCCAAAUUAUAUCAGAGAGCAUUUAUUCGUUUACCGUUUUAACUUUAUCAUUUUACAACAAUCACCUUUGACGAGCUGAAACCAAUCAAAGGAAAGAUAUGAGAGUGUUCAACCCAACCAUAUUCAAAGUCUUAAAAGUUUUCGAAAAUACAUUUACUAACGCGAUUUUUUUUUGUGCAUGUUUUCUCACCCCCUUGGUAUAUAUUGAACUUAAGUUUACCUCCUACAUAACCAGAACUUCAAGAAGCUCUUAUCUGGCAAUAUUCUCCUUUUCAACUCAAAGAAAAGGAGAAUACAGAUAGAAGAAACCAACCUUAAACUUCUUUAGUCAAGGCAGCUUGUAGUUCAUCAAGACCUACCACUUCCUAAGUGAUGUAAAGGUACUUUGCCUCUGCUGCCUAGAGGUAAAUCCUCUGUCUUUAUCCCCUCUUUCUUCGAUAGAGCGGUUUUUAAUUGAGUAUCGAAAAUAAUCCUAUAUUGCUUUGGUCUUGCGUUACUUCGCUCUUUGAUUGGUUCAGAAAUCUCACGCCACCAUCUCAACCAAUCAGAUGAAAAACGUAAACCAAUACCAACUGUGUAACUCGCGUUUUCCCGCGAUUGAAGCGGGUUGCUUAUUUUACUUUGAGUUCUCAUUGGUUAAUGAUGACAUUAACCUUCGUUCUGAUUGGUAGAUGUGAUAACUUUGAUUUUGGCUUUUUCACACAGUAACACGUUGGUUAUUUAUCUUUAUCCCCAUUCUCCACUAGUUGAAAGUUCUUAUGGCUGUUUAUGAAUCGUCUGGCAUCGAUCGUGCUUUUAUUUUGGAUUGCUCUAUAACAUUACUUCUUUAAUUGUGUCUUGCAUUGUACCUUUACUAAGCGUAAACAUUCAUGUACUUUUUUCUUUUCUGUAUAUCAGCCAAUAUAUAUCUUUUCUGAAUCAUCUGGCAUCGAUCGUGCGUGAAAUUUUGAAUUACUCUGUAACAUUACUACUUUAAUUGUACCUUUACAAAGCGCAAACAUUCAUAGCCUUUUUUUUUCUGUAUAUCUGCCAAUAUAUAUCUUUUCUGAAUCGUCUGGCAUCGAUCUUGGUUGAAAUUUUUAAUUACUCUAUAACAUUACUACUUUAAUUGUACCUUUACUUAGCGUAAACAUUCAUAGACUUUUUUCUUUUCUGUAUAUCUGCCAAUAUAUAUCUUCUCUGAAUCAUCUGGCAUCGAUCUUGGUUGAAAUUUUGGAUUACUCUAUAACAUUACUACUUUAAUUGUACCUUUACAAAGCGUAAACAUUCAUAGCCCUUUUUUCUUUUCUGUAUAUCUGCCAAUAUAUAUCUUCUCUGAAUCGUCUGGCAUCGAUCUUGGUUGAAAUUUUGGAUUACUCUAUAACAUUACUACUUUAAUUGUACCUUUAC